AUGUCAUCGACGCACUCCCAGAGCUUCUCCAACUCGCUAUCUUUAGCCUGGUCUGCUUUGACUUGGCCUUUGCUCUGGACACAGGCUCCCAGAGUGAUCCUUGCCCCUGACCCAAGUCUACCCGCUGCACAGCCCCCCGAGAUGUGCCAAGCAUCACGGUGGGACUUGAGUGAUCCUACCAGUAAAUCCCCAGGCUGCACGAAUGCAGAGUGCAGAAUCCAGCAUCAGAUAGGUGCUGGUGCCUUGGACUUGAGUCCACUGCUGAGUCUCCGUCCAAGGUCCCACAUCGGCUGCUACAGAGCCUUUAUUGACGAUGCCACUGUUCUUCUUUAA